GGACCACUGUGACUUAUCUGUAGCGCUUGUGUUGGGUUUAGGGGACUGUGAAGAGCCGAGGUGGAGGUGAGGUGUGUUUGGAGUCCCUAGGCUCUGCGAUGAAGAAGCUUUUUGGCUUCGGGAGUAAGAAGGGAGUGUCGUCGCCCUUUGGCUCCUCCAUCAGCUCGGGGAGAGACAGCGGUGAUGGAAUCAACUUCCAGCCCGGGUACCACAUCCGAGACAAGGACCUCAGAAAGAUCCACAAAGCUGCCACUGUGGGCAAUGUAGCCAAAGUGCAGCAGGUUCUGUUGAUUGGAAAAAAUGACUUGAACGACAGGGACAAGAUGAACAGGACUGCCCUCCACUUGGCCUGUGCCAAUGGCCAUUCGGCGGUGGUAACUCUCCUCCUGGAGAGAAAAUGCCUGCUCAACCUCUGUGACAGUGAACACAGGACCGCGCUGAUGAAGGCCGUGGAAUGCCAAGAGGAGGAGUGCGCGACUCUCCUGCUGGAGCGCGGAGCGGACCCGAACGUCGGGGACGUCCGCGGGAACACCGCGCUCCACUAUGCCGUCCUCUGCCAGAAUGUGUCUCUCGCAGCAAAGCUGCUUUCCUACGACGCCGAUAUAGAAGCCAGGAACAAGUGUGACCUCACACCUCUGUUACUUGGCAUAAGUGAAGGAAAAGAGCAAAUAGUAGAGUUUCUUGUAAACAAAGGAGCAAAUAUACAUGCGGUUGACAACCUGAAAAGAACAGCCCUCAUUCUUGCUGUCAAUUAUGGAUCAGCAAAUAUCGUCAGUCUUCUUCUUCAGCAAGGUGCUGACAUCUUUCCUCAAGAUGCUCUUGGAUGGACUGCAGAAGAAUAUGCUGUUAUUGGUGGCUUUAAUAUUAUUCGCCACCUGAUUUCUGAAUAUAAAGAAGAGAGACCUAAAACUCCUCCUGAAAGUGGCAACCCAGAGAAUGAGAGACCUGAAGAAGACUCUUUAAGCAGGUUUUGCCGUGAACCUCGUGCUGAUUUACGGGUUACAUCAGAUGAUGAUGUCUUAGACUUGGACACCAAGAGUAUCUCUGAGAGCCUGCCACAGAAGUAUGUGGAUUGUUUAUCUGGAGCUGCUGGUCGAAGAGGAAAAAAGACAUUAAAUGGACAAGUAGAAGAUUCUCCUGAGAAAUACAUUAAUGUGAAGCCUGCAGCCUCAGUGGAAGAUUCUGUUCCUAAGAAAAAAGUCCGAAUGAAGGAUUUCCAAACAUCCAGUUCGGAUUGGUCUUCUACUGCUUUGAGCCUCAGUGAUGAGACUUCUCAAAGAGCUGGGCAUUUGAAAGUUGAUGAUCAGUGUCCACUGAUGUCACAAUCAAUGACCAAAAAUCAGUCAACAUCCACCGAAUUUGGACAGAUGCCCUUAACAGAUACAGUAAAGACGAAUAUUGUGGCAGUGUUUCUGGUAGGGAAUUCCAUGCUCCAUGACCUGUGCCAGUCUCAAGAGGCAGAAAACAGAGAAGGCGAACAAGGUAGUGCAGAAGCCCAGAGCACUCAGCUGUCGGCCACCUGGGCACGGCCUUAGCAUCAUUCUGACGGUUCCAAAUUAGAUUUUGUGGCAAAACCUACCUUGUGCUGACUCCUUUUAUGCAAUCUAUAGCCAAUAAAUACCUCUUAGCAAGAUGUUUGCAUUCUCCCUCUGACCAUAGUAAUACAAUAAAUAACAGAGAGCGUUAGGAGAAAGUAAAUUCAUUUUGGCUAGUAUUUAGUAUACACCUGAGAGUGGGUAGCAGGACUAUAUUUAUGAGACUGACGUGCUGCCUACUGCACUAAGGAGGCAGAUUGCAGGACUAUAUUUAGAACUCUGGGACUAGUUGGGAGACCUAGGUAGACAUCUAGAUUGCCCUCUCAAAAUGUGACUUCGUAGCAAUAUUUUUAUGUAGCUCUAAAUUCCUAAG